AAUUGAGAAGGUGGAAACAUGUUUAAGUUCUUAAAAGGAGUAGUGGCUGGAUCUGGGACGGGACUCAAGGAUCUGCCUUAUAACAUCGGUGAUCCUUAUCCUUCUGCUUGGGGUUCAUGGAGUCACUUUCGUGGUACCUCCAAGGAUGAUGGAUCUCCAGUUUCAAUAUUUGCUCUUUCUGGGAACAAUGCUCAAGAUGGGCAUUUGGCUGCUGGACGAAAUGGUGUCAAGCGCCUUCGUACCGUGAGGCAUCCAAAUAUUCUUUCAUUUCUCCACAGUACUGAGGUCGAAACUCAUGAUGGUUCUACUACUAAAGUUACAAUCUAUAUAGUCACCGAGCCUGUUAUGCCGCUGUCAGAUAAGAUAAAGGAGCUAGGCUUGAAAGCUACCCAGAGGGAUGAGUACUUUGCACUGGGGCUACACCAGAUAGGUAAAGCUGUGAGCUUUCUGAACAAUGACUGCAAACUUGUGCAUGGAAAUGUCUGUCUAGCGAGUGUUGUUGUUACACCUACUUUGGACUGGAAACUCCAUGCUUUUGAUGUUCUAUCAGAGUUUGAUGGGAGCAAUGAAUCCGCAAGUGGACCUAUGCUGCCAUAUGAAUGGCUAGUGGGAACACAGUACAAGCCAAUGGAAAUGGUCAAGUCUGAUUGGGUUGCUAUUAGAAAAUCUCCACCAUGGGCCAUUGAUUCGUGGGGAUUAGGUUGUCUUAUUUAUGAACUCUUCUCGGGCUCUAAGCUGGCAAAAACAGAGGAGCUGCGUAACACUGUCGGCAUUCCUAAGUCUCUGCUUCCAGAUUAUCAGCGACUCCUAAGUUCCAUGCCUUCUCGCAGAUUGAACACCUCAAAACUUCUAGAAAAUGGCGAGUAUUUCCAAAAUAAGCUGCUUCCUAGGGAGAUCGUGCUUAAGAAGCUUCUUCCUUUAUUAGCUUCUUCCCUUGAAUAUGGUUCAGCUGCUGCUCCUGCAUUAACUGCCUUACUUAAGAUGGGUUCGUGGUUAUCAACUGAAAUUUCAGUGUCAAGGUACUGCAACAUAGUCAAGCUUUUUGCUUCCAAUGAUCGAGCUAUUAGAGUUUCUCUUUUGCAACAUGUUGAUCAAUUUGGAGAAUCAAUGUCCGGGCAAAUCGUCGAUGAACACUCCGAAGCUUUCUCAGCGUACACUUUCAGGAUCCCUGUUGAAUACCUUUCCAAACUACAGUAUUUGUGGUUUAAAUUUUAUAUUCUCCUCUCAGUGGAUGAAGAGCCUGCAAUCAGAACCAAUACCACUAUAUUACUCGGGAAUAUUGCCACCUACCUAAAUGAAGGGGAAAGAGUUUUGAUUAAUGCUUUUACAGUGCGUGCACUGCGUGAUACAUUUCCACCUGCUCGAGGUGCAGGGAUUGUUGCAUUAUGUGCCACCAGUACUACUUAUGAUGACACAGAAAUAGCAACUAGGAUUCUUCCGAAUAUCGUUGUGCUAACCAUUGAUCAAGACAGGCCGUUAGAACAGUUUCUUCAGAUAUUGAAACAAAACUAUGAGAAGACAAAUGCUGGAGAAAUAGGAGCCACCGGAGGAGCCUCAGCUAUACCUGAAACUGCUGGUCUGAUCGGAUGGGCUAUGAGUUCUUUGACCCUCAAGGGUAAGCCAUUAGAACAAGCGCCUCUUGCUUCUUCUUCGUCAGCACCAUCUCUAGCUGCUGCAGCGUCAAAUGCUACAAGCACAGCAACGGAGGCGCCGAGUGUCAAAGCCAGUCAUCAUACACGUUCCAACUCGGACUUCACAGAUCAACCUGCACCACCAUCCCCAACAUCAACAGAUGGUUGGGGAGAUGCUGAGAAUGGCAUUAGCGAAGGUCAUGAGAGCGACAAAGACGGUUGGGAUCUCGAACCGCUGGAUGAACCAAAACCUUCUCCAGCUCUUGCUAACAUUCAAGCAGCUCAAAAACGACCUGUGUCUCAGUCCUCCAGACCUUCAGCUGCUACAAGCUCAAGACCAAAGCUUAGCACAGUGAAAGCAGCUGUAAAAUCGGAAGACGAUGAUUUGUGGGGAUCCAUAGCUGCUCCUCCACCUGCAACUACUUCAAGACCGUUGAACUUGAAAAAGACAGUACAGUCUGAUGAUGAAGACCCCUGGGCUGCCAUUGCUGCUCCACCACCAACCACCAGAGCAAAACCGUUAUCUUCUGGUCGUGGCCGAGGAGCCAAACCUGCAGCUCUUAAACUAGGUGCCCAACGCAUUAACCGAACCUCAUCUGGAAUGUGAUGAACACGAAAGGAAGAAGAUAAACAGCAUACAAUGUA